UGUGAACUUGUCACAUUUUCUAGAUAAGUAACGAGCAGUCCCGUCACGAUUUCCAGGGCAUUCUACACAACAUGGCGUCCAUCUCAGCAUCUCUGAUUGUCUCCAUAGUGGUUUUAGUAAUAGUUGAAUCUAAAUGCCCCUUGGAUUGGGUAGCAUAUGAUUCCAACUGUAUCCAGUUCACAAAAACACAGCACACGUGGACAGAUGCAGCCAAUGCGUGUCGCAAUAUGGGCGCUCAUUUAGUGACUGUUGAUACAGAAGCGAAAGAUAAUUUUAUUAAACAGUUCCUCAACGUUUUUGCAAGUGAGAAGCUGACCCACUGGUGGAUUGGUGGGAGUGACUUUGCCGUGGAGGGAACCUGGCAGUGGAUAGCGGGAGGAACAGUGGGAUCCUACAAUGGGUGGGGCCCAGGACAGCCGGACGGUAACAACACAGCUAACUGUAUGUCCUACAAGUUCUUCAACCACACCAUCAUCGGCUGGUCUGAUGACGUAUGUGCCCCCCAUACUCACCACGGGCACCACGCCCACAAUCUGCCCGGAUACAUCUGUGAAAAACCACUAUCAGCGUUUGCCUCCGCUUCUGGUAUAGUGGGAUAAUCUGUAUAUAUGUAGAAUAAGCAGAUCUUGUCAGUCUUAUAUUAAAUCACAAUCAACACACUUACU